AUGUUUAAGUCCGUAAUUGAACUAACUGACAUAAUUGAUUAUGUGGGGAACUUUAAAAGACCAUUUGUUGAAGGUUCACAAAUAGUUAAAUGUAAUCAUAUUAUUGAAUAUGCUUGUUUGGAAAAUACAGAUGACAGAUUAAAAUUUGUUGCAUUAUGUUUAAAAACUAGUGACUUGAAUGGAAAACCUCACCAGCUUGAAGUUAUAAAGUCAAUGUUGAACAAAGAAGUUCAACUAUUGGGGAAAUGUUCUUGUAAAGCUGGCACAAGAAAGUGUAAACAUAUUGUUGGUUUUAUGCUUAAACUUCAAAAAACUUCUGAAGAUGAUCUGGCUAUGCUAAGCUGUACUGAUCUGCCACAAAAAUGGGGAAAACUUAGUUUUGCCGCCAGCAAAGAUAUUCAUAAGCCCGUUCCUAUAAAAGAAUUUUGUCAUGUGAAAAAUGUAUUAGCAUCAAGUGUGUAUGAACAGUCAUUGCCAAAUGAAUUAUCAGAAGAAAUGAAUACUGAAAUUCAAAGUUUCUUUUUGCAAGGAUUUCCUAACUCAGCAUAUGCAGUCCAUAGAUUUGGCCGCCAUGAACCAAUUGAUGAUGAAAUUGUACCAAAAAAUUUAGACCUUAAUGAAUUAUUCAUGUUGGAAAAAUUUAUAACUUCAAAAAAUUCUAUAAUUUCUAAUAGUUUAGAGUCACUUAGUUUCUAG